AUGACGCUCAGAUCAAACCUUCAGCUUAUUUUUACGCUAAUCCUUGUAUUUGAGCCUUUUAUAACUGGACAAUUCGCGAACACCACAAUAGACAAUGAAGUUCAUCAUGAUGGCAGUCUUUGGGAUGUAGUUAUCGAGACAUGCGAUAAAGAUGGUGCUGGAACUGAUGCUUCGGCGUAUCUCAAAAUUUUCUACGAGUCUGGUCACGAUUCGGAAAUAUUUCAUCUCGACAACCCGGGAAAAAAUGAUUUUGAACAAGGCUCAAGAGAUCACUUUAAAAUAUUCUUCAAACAAUCCAAUAUUGUAAAUAUGGGUCUGUUUUGGUGGCCAGGGUUCAGUCUAAGCCAAUCAUGGUGUGUCAAUUGGGUUCUGUUGCUGAACUCAAACAUUGAAGCAUGCAUUGAGGGAAUAUUUGAAAAAUGGAUUCUUCACUACAGAGAUCCACCCACGUAUGCUGCAAAAUUUCACCGUCUGAAAUAUGCUGAUUGUGUCAGUCCGGGACCUGCGAAAGCCCAACGACGAAGCUAUUUGAGAUAUGACGAUCCUUCCAACACUGAUAGAAACCCGAUAUGCCGUCCAACACUAGAAAAUAGUGACAGAAACGAGACACUGUUCAUUUUCUUCGUAGAUCGCACUUUGGAUUCUCACGAGAUGCCCCGAAUGUUGUAUUUAUUAAAGUUGAUAUCAUGUGAUAUUCCGGAGCAUGAAAAAUUGUUGGCAAUCGUCGUUGAUAUAACGGAAUCCGAAGUUGUUGUCAGUUCGCCAGUUAAAACGCCGGAAAUUGAGAAUCUUCUUUACAAUUCUGAAAUUCAAUCAUUUCCGGUAGACUAUGGAAAAUGCGAACGAUUUGAACGAGCCCUCAAAAAGCUUUCGCUUGAUUCAUUGGCACACGAAAACAUUCAGUUCAUUGUUCCGAUGGUGCACAAGGAGCCAACCUGCGACAUGGUUAAAACAUUUCAGAAAGUUUUGAAAAAUAAUCCGAACAAAGAUAACUUAUAUUUCAAUGGAAUGCUUGUUAACCAAAAUGUAACAGAUAAAAACCAGCAGGCAGUUAAAAUGACAGCCCAACUUGAUGAAAUUGAUUUAAAUGAAGUCAACAAAGUGAUCUACACGGGAUCGAUAGCAGAUCAGUAUACGAGAAUGAUACGAGCCAUCUUAAACGGUGAAUAUUUUCGUGAUUGGGAGCCCGGAUACACUCCACCUCCUACAACAUCUACUAUCUCAACUACAACUCAAGAUGAUCUAAUUGGGUUACUCGAUGUCGAUGCUGAUGGAAAUUCAACUUCUGUUGGAAAUUAUACUGAUGAUGGAAAUUCAACUACUAAUUCAAAUUCAACUUCUACUCUGGCGUCUACUGAACUGCCAUCGACUAGUUCGACAGUGAUGGUCACACUUACACACACAGUCAAAAACAUAAGGCCAGAUAGCACGACAUCGGCAUUAAAUAAUUCUGAUUUAUACGAGGAGAAAGAUGGUCUGGAGAAUGCAAUUCUUAACAAGCAAACGGAACGUAUUAACUGGUGGCUUGUUAUCAUCCUCGCGGUUCUGGCAGUUUGGCUUGCCCUUCUGUUUAUUAUUCUUUGCAUUAUUUGCUAUUGUUCCAAGCAGAGGCUUAAAAAGGAAGAAAAGGAUGCUGCUAAGGUGCCGCUUUUACGACCUAAUCAGGUUCCAAUUCCGGUCAAGAACGCAAAAACAAGCAGUGUCAAAACGGAUGUUGAAGAUGAAGAGUGGAAAAAGAUUCAGCCACCCCCGAUGGUUGACGUUGAUCCUGAAAGCAAUACGAUCGAGACCCCUGUUCCUGCGCAGUACGGUGGCCUAGAAAUGUCGAAUUAUGAGAGACCCGUGGAUAACGACGACAUCAGCCAGGGCUUGAACUCUCUUGCCGAAUCGGAGGCGAGAAUCCCUAACGCACUCAGCAAAUUAGAUCCGAAAGUUUAA